AUGGCAGAUACUCCUGUUAAGAGAAAAUUAGUUAUAAUAGGUGAUGGUGCCUGUGGGAAGACUUCAUUGUUAUAUGUCUUUACAUUGGGGAAGUUCCCUGAGAAAUACCAUCCUACAGUUUUCGAAAACUAUGUAACAGAUUGUAUAGUCGACGGUAUUAAGGUAUCGUUGACAUUAUGGGAUACAGCAGGUCAAGAAGAAUAUGAGAGGUUGCGACCAUUCUCUUAUUCAAAAGCUGAUAUAAUUCUGAUCGGGUUUGCAAUUAAUGAUACAGAAUCACUGUAUAAUGCUCGAACAAAAUGGUCUGAAGAAUCACUUCGAUACUGUCCAGAUGCUCCUAUAAUAUUAGUGGGUUUAAAGAAGGAUUUAAGAAAUAAUAAUACUGAUGGAGAUGAUUUAGUGAGGUCUGAAGAUGCAGAAACUGUAGCAAGGCAGAUCGGUGCAAAGAAGUAUUUAGAAUGCAGUGCUCUAACUGGUGAAGGUGUUGACAGUGUAUUUGAGUUAGCCACACGGACAAGUUUAUUGGUUAACAAAGAACCAGGAAGCAAAUGUUGUACAAUAGUUUGA